AUGGCAGACCAGCAACUGACGUCGAAUGCUAUCACGGAUAAUCCAAUCGUCAAGUGCCUCGAUAAUUUUUAUGCUCUGUUCACUUCGGUCUGCGCCGACAGGAAGCUGCCAGACACUCCAGAUGCUUUAGCUCAGCUUGACCAAGAUGAUCUACGAAAACUCAUAGCUGCUUUUCUGAGAGUGGUGCAAAAUCAUCCCGCUGCCGACUUGCUGCCGGCCAAGACAAGCCGAGGCACGCUUCGCAGCGACCUACUGCGACUUGAACUUCGUCUCUCCGACAACGACUUUGACCUCGACCGCGUCAAGCCUCUUUUGAAACGGGCUCUCACAAACGAUGUAGCCGAUUCCAUCAUCUAG